CCCUUGGGGAGAAGAUCCACUCAUUGGUUUUAUACCAAACCUGACAAGGCCUCAGUUGUCAAAGGUGGCACCAGGAGGAUGUCACACAUAGGAGUAAAACUGUUCCUAGAGCAAAUGAUGAUGAGACAUCUGGAGGUGAAUGCAUGCUUGUACCCACACAUGGAGGCUUUGUGGGGGACGGAGGGGUCUCUGAAAGAGAGCUCCAGUGAGAGUAAGAAAUCCAGCCCACAAACGGACAGUCUUGGUCCUGAGAGCGCUCGCCAGCACUUUCGGAGCUUCUAUUAUCAUGAAGCGCCUGGACCACUUGAGGCUGUCAGCCAACUUCAGGAAUUAUGCCACCAGUGGCUGAGGCCAGAAAUCCACUCGAAAGAGCAGAUCUUGGAACUGCUGGUGCUAGAGCAGUUCCUGACUAUUCUACCCAGGGAGACCCAGACCUGGGUGCAGAAGUACCGUCCACAGAGCAUCAGAGAGGCUGUGGCCCUGGUAGAGCGCUUUCAGAGAGAACCUGAUGGAAUAAGUGAUGAGGUCACAAUCCAUGAGCUGGGAAAGGAGGCAGUGCCCUUGGGAGGAACAGCAGUGGCCCCAGGCUUUAAGUGGAAGCCAGCAGAGCCCCAACCAAUGGGUAUGUUCCAGAAAGAAUGUUGGAAUACAUACCGGGUACUACAGGAACAGCUGGGCUGGAAUACUCACAAAGAAACCCAGCCUGUAUAUGAAAGAGCUAUGCCUGCUCAACAGAUUCUAGCCUUUUCUGAGCAGAAAAGCCCCCCAAACUGGAAGAUGGCAUCUGAGCUCAUCUUGCCUGAGUUCCAGAGCCUGUUGACAUUUGAAGAUGUGGCAGUGUCCUUUUCUGAGGAAGAAUGGAAGUUACUGGACCCUACUCAGAAGAUCCUUUACAAUGAUGUAAUGCAGGAGAACUAUGAGACUGUCAUCUCUCUAGGGUUAAAGCUCAAAAAUGACACUGGAAAUGACCAACCUAUAUCUCUUUCUGCAUUAGAAAUACAAGCAUCAGGAUGCAAAGUAUUAAGAAAGGCCAGAAUGAAAGUUGCCCAGAAAACAACAGGCAAAGAAAAUCAUGGUGGUACACGCAGGGUACGGAGACGGCACCGAGCUUUUCUAGGGAGGAAAAGAAAGAAACUUUCAACUUGUAAACAAGAGCUUCCAAAACAUAAGGAUCUUCAAGGGAAAGGCCAUGCAGGAGAGAAACCUUUUAAGUGUCAGGAGUGUGAGAAAAGCUUCAGAGUUAGCUCUGACCUUAUUAAGCACCAGAGAAUUCACACUGAAGAGAAGCCCUAUAAAUGUCAACAAUGUGAUAAGAGGUUUAGGUGGAGUUCAGAUCUUAAUAAGCACUUAAUGGCACACCAAGGAAUAAAACCAUACAGAUGCUCAUGGUGUGGAAAAAGCUUCAGUCACAAUACAAAUCUACACACACACCUAAGAAUUCACACAGGAGAGAAGCCCUUUAAAUGUUAUGAAUGUGGAAAAAGAUUCAUUCAGAACUCCCACCUUAUUAAGCACCAGAGAACCCACACAGGUGAGCAGCCGUAUACUUGUAGCGUAUGCAGGAGAAACUUCAGCAGGCGGUCAAGCCUUCUUAGACACCAGAAACUCCACAGGAGAAGGGAGUCCUGUCCAGUAUCUCCAGUCUGAAGAAAGUCACCAUGUGGAUCUUGACCCUAGAGGUGACGAAAGAGUAUAAAACUCUGAGGCACCAAUGAUAGGAAUUUGUCACCCACAGGAAAUUUGGGAGGGGUUCGUGUCCUACUUCACAGAAAGGAAUCUAAACUGUCUCUCUUGUUCAGCAUUGUAUCUUCAGUGCCUAGCACAAGACUGAUACACAAUGAGUACUUGAUCAAUAAAAGUGGAAAUAUAGCUAUCAUCUAUCUAUA